AUGAAUCCUGGGCUGAUGGAUUGGUCCUGGUUCCAGGCCUGUGGUCAGACUAACAUCUGCUGCAAGAAUGUGAAGGGGAAGCUAGUAGAGGCAGGCAAAUGGCCAUGGCAGGUGAGCAUCCUAUUCCUGGGCACGAACAACUGCAGCGGCUCCCUCAUCCACCACCAGUGGGUCCUUACAGGUGUGCACUACUUUCAGAGAUCCAAGGACCCCAGAUCAUACUCCAUGAAGAUGGGAAUUCAACGCCUCUCAGAAAAUGGCACCGAACUCUCAGUAACUCGCAUCGUGAUUCAUGAAGAUUUCACCAGCCUCAUGUCCCAGGAUAUUGCCCUCCUGAAGCUCAGGGACUCUGUCUCCUGGUCCCCCGUCAUCCAGCCUGUCUGUCUACCUAACCCUAAACUCAAGCCAUCUCUUGGAUCCAUGUGCUGGAUGAUUGGGUGGGGACAAACAUAUACUCGAGAGACCCCACAGCCCUCCUACAGUCUUCAGGAAGUGGCUGUCAAGAUUGUAAACAACGAGAUCUGCAAUCAACAGUACAAGUUCCUCUUCUUGAAGGGCCAGAAAAAGUUAAACGGGAAUGACAUGAUUUGUGCCAUCUUACAGUGGGGCGUGGACGCCUGUCUGGGUAACUCUGGCAGUUCCCUUGUCUGCCAAGUGAACCACACCUGGAUUCAGAUGAGGGUGCUGAACUGGAGCUUUAGCUGCAGCCGGCACCGCUUCCUGGGCAUCUACACCAGCACCUCCCACUUCACCGACUGGAUCAAGAAACAGAUCAGUGACGUGAGGUUCGUCAGUAGGGCCGGGCCAGGCUUCCUGAGCCUGGUCUUCCUCACUGGCUACAUUCUGCUGGUUUCCUUGGGCUCUCUGUGGCUCCUGUGA